ACACGCGAGUCUGCCAGUUACCCCGGAAAUGGAAAACAGCCUUCUCUUGAGUUUGUUUUCAGAUGGCUUACCGUGUCUAUGACACUCCUUCAGCAAGCUAUUAAAUACAUGAGAGCUUUUGUCCUGUAAAAAUUAUGCCCCCUCCAAAUGUAUGGACAGUUCAAAGGGAGAAGCAGCAGGGAAUGAUCAAACCUGUUGACUUCAUCUAUCGGGAGGACGCCCUGUGAGUCAUCCAGCUAAAGUUGAACAAAAUGGCAGUGGGGUGACGUGAGGAGGGUGUGUACAUUCAUUUUAAAGACAAAUGUUUUAAAAUUGUGGAACUGAGUGAACUCUGUGGACGCUUAAGGCAAGCAUCGCUAUGGUGAGCAGCUGUCAGUGACGCGCCGUAAACCUUCUAAUCUUCUUCAUGGAAUGAGGAUGUCAUCAUCUUUGCAGAUUAGAAUAUUCUUAAUUAAUCACUGUACAGUGUUAUCAACAGUAUAAGUCUAUUAAUGAUUACACUGUAGGAUGGGACCUCCAAAGCUGAACAUAUUUUAUUCCGCAACACUUAAUAGAAACCUGUAUUAAUUGCACAGGCAAUUUUAGAUGAAAUGAAAGUAAAAUAAAGUAAAACUACUCAUUUUAAGAACAAUUUCUACACUGCUAGUAGGCAAUAAUGUGUAUUUAUUGUUAUUAAUUCUCCAGUUUGUGGAAGAUGCCAGCCAUAAAUGAAGCUAUUUGCGGAAGGCUGUAUUUGGGAAUUGCUGUGACACACAUGAAAACACAUCACAAAGGGGAAAAAAAAACAUAAUUAAGGGCCAUUGCUGGCUGAUUCAAAUUGGUUCAUUACUGCCUGUGGAUUAGCGCCAGUGGACUAUUGGAUUUCUCCUUUUCAGCUGGUGGCUAAAUUGAUUUAAUGUUUGUCCUCAGUGUGAAUUAUAUGAAGGCCUUCUAAUAAAUCUCCAAAUAAUCAGCACAUUAAUGGCGAAAAGGGAACAUUUGGAACUUUCAAGACACAAUGAAGCCCAUUAAUGCGUUGACUUCAUCAGGUGACGCAUAUAGAGGGGGCUUUGUGAGGCGGCACGCACCUCAGGUAUGCAGCAGGAGAGACCACAGCGUGCACUUCAUGUUUUAGCUGACAUCUGACGGAGGGAGGGGCAUGUAGUCGCCUGUCAACAAGGUCAUCUUACACUCGCAAACACACACAGGCACUUUUACUGAGGAAAAUAAAUAAUUUAAUGUUUAAAAUUCAUUAUCAGCAUUUAAAGCAACAUAAUGACAUUUUGGUAAUUCACUGUCAUGUUGAGAGAAAGCACAAUUCAUCCAGUGGUCAUUUGUAUUUAUUUUCAUUUUUAUUUAUUUUUAAAAUGCAUUUUCCACAAUUCACUUCCACAAUUUAGCAUUCAUGGCCCUGCAAAUUUGCAGAUUUUUGGUUAAAAGAAAAAAAAAUCCCCUAAAAGUAGGCGUUUUUUUCCCGCGAAAACAUCCUAAAUUGCAUAUAAUUUAUAAAUACAUGAUAAUACAGGUAAAAAUGUACAUCAUACAUGUACCGCUGUUAAAAAAAAAUAAAAAUUGCACAUUUACGGUAUGUCUGUGCUUCACUGGUAAUGUUUUUUUUCGUCACGCGUUGACAUUUUGCACUUUGUUCGGCGGUCCUUGACCGCACCAUGGUUGCUGUACGUAAGUCGAAAAGUAGUGAAACCUAUAUAUAAAAAUAUAUAUGUGUAACUUAUGUAAACUGCUCCAAAAAAUAAAGGGAACACUUAAUCAAUCACACGUCUGUGAAAUCAAACUGUCCACGUAGGAAGCAACAAAGACUGACAAUCAAUUUCACAUGCUUUUGUGCAAAUGGAAUAACAACAGGUGGACAGCAAGACAUCCCUAAUUAUAAUAAUAAGAAUACAUUUGAUUUCCAUUGAUAAUUUUUGUGUGAUUUUGUUGUCAGCACAUUCAACUAAGUAAAGAACAUCAUUCAUUCAGAUUUAGGAUGUGUUAUUUUAGUGUUCCUUUUAUUUAUUUGAACAGGGUAUCUUGGGUAAUACAAGUGUAAAGGUGACUAUAGGGGUGUUAUUUCAUGUCUAGAGGGCUCUAAUAAUGUUAAAAACAGCAUGUAGAGGGCACGUUUUCUAUGCUCUAACUAUGAAAAUAUUCUAUUUAUAAAUAAGGAAUCCUACUUUGUGGAAAUUCACUUCACCAGUUCACCAUUUAACCGCAAUAAAUGAGGGAUUACUGUAUGACUUAAAUUUAGUUUAAAAAAAAUCUGUUGUAUUUAUUAUUGUUUAUUAAUUUCUAUUUGUUUUGAUUACUGAUGUAUUUUAAUGUCAUUUUUGACUAACUGUCUGCAACCAGCCCAAAAUGGAUGCACUUCUGGGUCCCAACCCACCAGAUGAGAAUCCUUACUUUAUCCGCUGAUGAGCUCCAAAUUGUACCGCUUUUGGGGUGUUUGACUUUGGACUUCUGUUAUGUUUACAGGUGAGGUAGCUGCAUAAUGCAUGUAUUGCAUAACAAUGUCAGUUCUAUCUUAACAGUCCAAUUAGUUUGUGUUUAAGAGCUUAUUUGAGCGAGCAGAAGAGCUAUGAGUCUUAGAGGCUCUUGUACCAAAGAGCUUGUUUGUCUGCCAUAAUUCAACUAGAAUUUCCCAUUUAAGGUUUCUUCAUAAAUCAUCAGGAAAAGUAUGCUUUUGUUUGACCACAAAAAAGAGCCGUUGAAGAGCAGCCAUCCACUUUUACAGCCCUGUGAACGACUUUGGUUUGCUUUGAUUGAGCGUGAGCAGCAGAAAUGUACAUUUAUGUUGCGUUAAUUACAACUAAGCAAGCCUUACUUACGUCCUCUUACGCUGCAAGUGUGUAUAACAACAUGUUUUCACGAUUGGAGCCACAUUUUUCUCACAUUUUCUCAUAUUUGAAAAGUUUGAAAAAGGAAGUUUGAAAGUAGAAAUGCUUUAAAAAAAUAAGGAAAUGACCCAGGAAGUGCAGUGAAGGGGCGACAUGAAACUGUGGAACACACGGGGAAAACGACAGAAGAGAAAGAUUCAAAAGUGAGGUAAAAGGCAUGUAUGAUUGUAUGUGUGCAUGAUUGAUACCAUGUAUGGUGCUGGAACAGGACUGGAAGACAUUCUUGGAAGCUGUGUGGUAAGCAAACUCCAUCCUCCUGGUGAGUAUUGUACUUAUAUUUUGCAAUAUGACGAGAUAAACAGAACACUUCUUGGAUUUGAAGAUGUACAGUAACAGUGUGACAACUACCUGACUGUCAUAUUCUAUGAUAAUUGAUGCAUUGACGGAUAUCAGUGUGGAUGUGCUAACAGUGAUGACUGAGCCACCACAGGAGAUCCCACUUCUCAGUGGGGGGGCAGAACAGUGUGGAAUAUUAAUAGGCUCACACUGGAACUGUUAUUGUUCUUUUUCCACUGCAUGUACUCCGACGGAGCAAUUAAAAAAAUAAUCAUGUCAUUUUAAGUAAGGCUGUAGACUGAUUUGAAUUGAAUUGCUCUUCUAGCAUGGGAAUUGUGGCCACAAAAAAAGCUCUCUUAAUAAUUUAAGAAUAUUUUACAAAGAUAUGCAUAUGCGUACGUUUAGUUGUAUUAGAUUAUUGCAAACUACUGUAACUUUUAAAUAUAAUGUACAGUGAGGAAUGAAUCAUUUAAGUACAUUUAGAUGCAUAUACACUUUGAACACGAUAUUGGUAGGAGAACUAAAGGUCUAAUCCAAAUGUAAAAUUUGUGACAUGAUUGUGUAAUACUUUUAUGAUUUAUGGAGGGAGGAGAGAGAGAGUGUCCCGGGUCCAUCAAAUCGGAUUAGGAGACUGAUACUUGCAAGUUGAUGGAGGCGUGCUGCAUUCACGGCGUAGUAACUCUGAGGACAGCACGCGGCCAUUGGACCGCAUGAGCAUUAUAAUAUUUUUUUUUUUAAGUUUGUUUCCGAUAAAGUCCGGAGAUAGACUACCGGUCCCAUGCCUGCGCCCUUGCUCGGCUGGUUUCGGGGCUUAGAUGGUGCUGAUCACGGACGAUAGAGACGCAGGAGUCGCAUCGUCGCUCCGGGGCAAGCAGCAGCAGCAGAAAGCUGGCGGGGACAUCGCUCACGUCCACCCGUCCAUAGCUGAGGAGGACCCUGAUGAAGACUACCUGGGCUCCUGUCAGGAGGAUGAAGAUGGCGAGGAAGAGGAUGAUUUUGAAGAAGUCGACUUCGAGGACUUGGACGACACGAGGAGCAUCACGUCAGACGACUCAUUCUACCCGCCUGAUGAUACGUUCGCGGACUCGGAGCGCACCCCGUCCCCAGAAAGCCCGAAGCCGAUGUCCUUCUUUCGGGCGUGCUGCAGCAAUAACGCCACUAUAGUGCGGACCAUGAUCCGGCAUGGGCUCACGGAGGACGAGGUCAAGCAGACGGACCGGAACAACAAGACAGGGCUGCUGGUUGCAUGUUACCAAGGUUACGUCGAUGUUGUCAUCGCGCUGUCUCAGUGUCCGUAUCUGGACGCUAACUGGCAGGACAGCGAGGGCAACACUGCCCUCAUCACUGCCGCGCAGGCAGGUCACAUCACAAUCACCAACUACCUGCUCAACUACUACUCAGGUUUGGACAUUGAGAGGAGAAACUGUCACGGCUUCACGGCUCUGAUGAAAGCUGCCAUGCAGGGUCGUGUUGAGUGUGUGCGCGCGCUCAUGAUGGCAGGAGCCACCCUAAACGCACGAGACUGUGGCCGCCAAAUGACCGCCAGGGAGUGGGCAAUGUUCACUGGGCGCUAUGAAACAGCCUGGGUGAUGGGUCGACUCAUGGAACGACCCUGCCCGCGCCAAAUCAACAAUGCAUACAGUCUAGAAUGGCCGUCGCUGGCAUCACUGGUGGCCAAUGCCCAGGAGCCCCGUGGUUGCCUUAAGCGUCUCUCGGACAUGGUGCGUGACAUCUUCAACAUUGCCAAUGUUACCAACCCUGAAGACUCCGGCGUCAUUGACCACCUGGUGUCUGUGACGACAGCCAUCCGGAGCCCUUUCAUUGCAGUCACCUGUCGCACGGUGUGUCCAGACAGCCCCCCGAGCGUGGGCAAACGACGCUACGCCGUUGCUGAAAUCAUCCGCUAUCAGCGAGCCAAAGAGCUCAGUGCCAUCAAUACAGACAGGGUGGACACCCACCUCAAGCUCUUCCAAAACUCCAGGGUCACUCUGGUGCCUAAGCCCGCUUCUGACCGGCGAGCCAGCCUUCAGAUGCAGAGCGCAGUGCCUCGAACAAGGAGCUCCAGCCUGGGAAUGUUGUCUUAUAAUGGAGCCGAGCUACGAAGGACCAGCCUGCUGCCGCUGCACAUGGUGCUCAGGAGGAGCAGCAUCAGGCCGGGGUGGACCAUCCCCAAGGUGAGGGUGUCCAAAGCCCCCACGCCCACUUACGAGCCAGAAAAGGUGCGCAGGAAGACCAGUACCAAAGAUGGAGGCGGCAGGCAUUUGCUGCAGAUCCCCAAGUGGCGAUACAAGGAGCUAAAAGAGGAGAGGAGGAAAGCAGAGGAUGCUGAGAGGAGGAGACUGGAGGCCAUAACCAAGAGGCAUCUCUCUGUCAGGAACAGGAAGUAGUCUCAUGCACACUAAACCAAAAAAAAAAACAAAUACGCUGGACUCAGGGUGAGUUUAGAAUUCCCAGCAGUGUUUGGAAAACACAAGACAAUGUUGCUUUUGUAUCCUUAAAUGAACUCCAUAGCAUCUUAGAUGGCUGCCACCUAGCCAGGGUCUUGAUACUUGAAGCUAGCACAUUCUCAUAUUUAUUGCAGCCCAAAAGGCCAAACUGAUAUUUUCUUACUUUUUUCUAGUUUUCCACUGCAAUCCAAUCUUUGUAUGUAUUUUUUUACCGAUGGAAAGUCAAACAGCUUUCACUUGUCAAAAAACCAAACACGGAGUUUAGGAAAAUAUGUUGAAAAGCCGGCAAAAAGUUGAGCGUGAUGUUGAAGAUUUUCUAGCAAUGUGUUUCACCAAAAAUAGCAAAUCUUGAAUCUGGCCAUCUAUUUUUCCACAAAGAUGUUUGGUAUGUUGAGCUGAAAAUGUGAUAUUGGCUAAAUGAUUAUUUAUUCAUAAUUACAUAAAAAAGAUUUUGCUCUCAUUUAAAAGCUGAUAUGGCUUGAGGGCUUGUUUUUUUAAUAACAGAAAUAAUUUAGACUAACCCUAAAAAGAUGUCUGUUUUGUGCAAAUGAUCCAUGAUGUCUCUGAGAAUAUGUGACAUAAUUACAGGCUUUAUGAUGACAAACCAAUGAAUGUACGUUGCAUGUAUGUUUUUUUAUACUAGAAAUCAAAAUGCUUUUUAAUGACGUUCUGACUUUUCAGACUUGAGUUUUAUCAUGCAUUUACAAACAUAGUACCCAUUUUUUCUCCAGUCUGAAGGCAAAGACAAAAUUGUGGAGCACUAUUGUGACGUCACACUCUGAAUUUUAUCAAAUGCAUUGGGAAAGCUCGACUGUUUACAUGAAAACACACACUGGUGACGCUGGUGCUUCAUAUGGAUGCAAUGCUGAUGGCAGGGCAUGGGGGAAUAACGCUUCUACUUGGACUUGUGUGUGCAUUCUUUCAUCUUUUCUUCAUUUUUGGUGUGAAACCAAAAGUAGUAAUACAUAAUACUAUUUACUAUGUAUAUUAUGGGUGUACCCAAUCAUAUAAGACAUUUUAUGUACCAAAAUAUUAGGUACGCUUUCGGUCGAAUUAUUAGGUACACCUAAAGCCAAAAUAUUAGGUACCCCUUUGGUCUGAUUUUUAGGUACACCCAAAAUAUUAGGUACCCUGUUGGUCGAAUUAUUAGGUACACCAAAAAUAUUAGAAACACUUUUGGUCAAAUUAUUAGGCCCACCUAAGGCCAAAAUAUUUGGUACCCCUUUGGUCUGAUUAUUAGGUACACCCAAAAUAUUAGGCACACCCAUGUGACCAAAAUAUUAGGUACACCAUUGGUCUAAUGAUUAGGUACACCAGACGCCAAAAUAUUAGGUACACCUUUGGUCUUAUGAUUAGGUACACCAGACGCCAAAAUAUUAGGUACACCUUUGGUCUUAUGAUUAGGUACACCAGACGCCAAAAUAUUAGGUACACCUUUGGUCUUAUGAUUAGGUACACCAAAACCCAAAUUAUUAGGUACACUUUGGGGUGUACCUAAUUAUGUGACCAAAAAAGGCUGGUCGAUUUAUUAGGGACGGCAAAACUCACUUUUUCUGCCUCUGAUUUGGUAUAUAUAGUAAAAACUAUAUAUAUAUACUUUCUACUAUAUACUUAUACACUAUAUAUCUAUAUACCCACAAUAUUAGGUACCCCUUUGGUCGAAUUAUUAGGUACACCCAAAAUAUUAGGUACACGUUUGGUCGAUUUAUUAGGCACACUUAAGGCCAAAAUAUUAGGUACCCCCUUUGGUCGAAUUAUAAGGUACACUCAAAAUAUUAGGUACACGUUUGGUCGAUUUAUUAGGCACACUUAAGGCCAAAAUAUUAGGUACCCCUUUGGUCGAAUUAUUAGGGACACCCAAAAUAUUAGGUACACCCCAAGGCCAAAAUAUUAGGUACACCCUUGGUCUAAUGAUUAGGUACACCAAAAGCCAAAUUAUUAGGUACACUUUGGGUGUACCUAAUUAUGUGACCAAAAAAGGCUGGUCGAUUUAUUAGGGACGGCAAAACUCACUUUUUCUGCCUCUGAUUUGGUAUAUAUAGUAAAAAACUAUAUAUAUAUACUUUCUACUAUAUACUUAUACACUAUAUAUCUAUAUACCCACAAUAUUAGGUACCCCUUUGGUCGAAUUAUUAGGUACACCCAAAAUAUUAGGUACACGUUUGGUCGAUUUAUUAGGCACACCUAAGGCCAAAAUAUUAGGUACCCCCUUUGGUCUGAUUAUUAGGUACACCCAAAAUAUUAGGUACACUUUUGGUCAAAUUAUUAGGCACACCUAAGGCCAAAAUAUUAGGUACCCCUUUGGUCUGAUUAUUAGGGACACCCAAAAUAUUAGGUACACCCCAAGGCCAAAAUAUUAGGUACACCCUUGGUCUAAUGAUUAGGUACACCAAAAGCCAAAUUAUUAGGUACACUUUGGGUGUACCUAAUUAUGUGACCAAAAAAGGCUGGUCGAUUUAUUAGGGACGGCAAAACUCACUUUUUCUGCCUCUGAUUUGGUAUAUAUAGUAAAAAACUAUAUAUAUAUACUUUCUACUAUAUACUUAUACACUAUAUAUCUAUAUACCCACAAUAUUAGGUACCCCUUUGGUCGAAUUAUUAGGUACACCCAAAAUAUUAGGUACACGUUUGGUCGAUUUAUUAGGCACACUUAAGGCCAAAAUAUUAGGUACCCCCUUUGGUCGAAUUAUAAGGUACACUCAAAAUAUUAGGUACACGUUUGGUCGAUUUAUUAGGCACACUUAAGGCCAAAAUAUUAGGUACCCCUUUGGUCGAAUUAUUAGGGACACCCAAAAUAUUAGGUACACCCCAAGGCCAAAAUAUUAGGUACACCCUUGGUCUAAUGAUUAGGUACACCAAAAGCCAAAUUAUUAGGUACACUUUGGGUGUACCUAAUUAUGUGACCAAAAAAGGCUGGUCGAUUUAUUAGGGACGGCAAAACUCACUUUUUCUGCCUCUGAUUUGGUAUAUAUAGUAAAAAACUAUAUAUAUAUACUUUCUACUAUAUACUUAUACACUAUAUAUCUAUAUACCCACAAUAUUAGGUACCCCUUUGGUCGAAUUAUUAGGUACACCCAAAAUAUUAGGUACACGUUUGGUCGAUUUAUUAGGCACACUUAAGGCCAAAAUAUUAGGUACCCCCUUUGGUCUGAUUAUUUUGUACACCCAAAAUAUUAGGUACACUUUUGGUCUUAUUAUUAGGUACACCCAAAAUAUUAGGUACACCUUUGGUCGAAUUAUUAGAUACACCCAAAAUAUUAGGUACACAUUUGGUCUAAUUAUUAGGUACACCCAAAAUAUUAGGUGCACCUUUGGUCGAAUUAUUAGGUACACCCAAAAUAUUAGGUACCUUUUGGUCUAAUUAUUAGGCACACCUCAGGCCUAAAUAUUAGGUACACUUUUGGUCUAAUAAUUAGAAACACCAUUGGUCUAAUGAUUAGGUACACCCAAGGCCAAAAUAUUAGGUACACCCAAAAUAUUAGGUACACUUUUGGUCAAAUUAUUAGGCACACCUAAGGCCAAAAUAUUAGGUACACUUUCGGUCGAAUUAUUAGGUACACCCAAAACAUUAGGUACACCCAAGGCCAAAAUAUUAGGUAUACCUUUGGUCUAAUGAUUAGGUACACCAAAAGCCAAAUUAUUAGGUACACUUUGGGUGUACCUAAUUAUGUGACCAAAAACAGCUGGUCAAUUUAUUAGGGACGGCAAAACUUACUUUUUCUGCCUCUGAUUUGGUAUAUAUAGUAAAAAACUAUAUAUAUAUACUUUCUACUAUAUACUUAUACACUAUAUAUCUAUAUACCCACAAUAUUAGGUACCCCUUUGGUCGAAUUAUUAGGUACACCCAAAAUAUUAGGUACACGUUUGGUCGAUUUAUUAGGCACACCUAAGGCCAAAAUAUUAGGUACCCCCUUGGUCGAAUUAUAAGGUACACCCAAAAUAUUAGGUACACGUUUGGUCGAUUUAUUAGGCACACUUAAGGCCAAAAUAUUAGGUACCCCUUUGGUCGAAUUAUUAGGGACACCCAAAAUAUUAGGUGCACCUUUGGUCGAAUUAUUAGGUACACCCAAAAUAUUAGGUACACUUUUGGUCGAUUUAUUAGGCACACCUAAGGCCAAAAUAUUAGGUACCCCCUUUGGUCUGAUUAUUAGGGACACCCAAAAUAUUAGGUACACUUUCGGUCGAAUUAUUAAGCACACCUAAGGCCAAAAUAUUAGGUACACCCAAAAUAUUAGGUACACCCCAAGGCCAAAAUAUUAGGUACACCCUUGGUCUAAUGAUUAGGUACACUUUGGGUGUACCUAAUUAUGUGACCAAAAAAGGCUGGUCGAUUUAUUAGGGACGGCAAAACUCACUUUUUCUGCCUCUGAUUUGGUAUAUAUAGUAAAAAACUAUAUAUAUAUACUUUCUACUAUAUACUUAUACACUAUAUAUCUAUAUACCCACAAUAUUAGGUACCCCUUUGGUCGAAUUAUUAGGUACACCCAAAAUAUUAGGUACACAUUUGGUCGAUUCAUUAGGCACACCUAAGGCCAAAAUAUUAGGUACCCUUUUGGUCACAUAAUUAGGUACACCCAAAAUAUUAGGUACACGUUUGGUCUAAUUAUUAGGUACACCCAAAAUAUUAGGUACACGUUUGGUCUAAUUAUUAGGUACACCCAAAAUAUUAGGUACACUUUUAGUCUAAUUAUUAGGCACACCUAAGGCCAAAAUAUUAGGUACCCCUUUGGUCUGAUUAUUAGGUACACCCAAAAUAUUAGGUACACUUUUGGUCGACUUAUUAGGUACAUUUGACCCAUUUGGUCUAAUGAUUAAGUACACCUGAGGUCAAAAUAUUAGGUACACUUUAGGCCUAAUGAUUAAGUACACCGAAAAUAUUAGUGUCACUUUUGGGGUGUACCUAUGCUUUAGUCCAAAUGUGUACUUAAUAAUUUGGGUGUAGCUCAUAUGUAGGCAAGUCUUUUUCUAUUUUAUAUUGAGAACACCAACUAUAUUUGACUUAUAUGUAUUCUUAAUCUUUACUAUUCUUAAUAAUAGCUCAUAGUCAGAGGUCAGUAUGUGUGAUCAAUCCAAACGUAUGAACCCUGAAUGCAUCACACAUAUUCAGGUCAUGAUUGUAGCUGGGCCAGCAGUUUGCAACGUAACCUACAGGCUCCUCCUCUUCCUCUAUGACCCAAAUCUGCUUUAAUAAGGAUAAAAUAAAAUCUAUACUGUACAUCACUACUGAUAUGCCAGCUAUUAUGUCAGCAUGACCUCAUUCCACACCAGCAUUUUCAGGAGAGAAUUUGGGUGGUAGCCCCCUGCUGGGCGUCUGUAAAACAGCACAAUUUGAAUCAGAUACACAUUUAAUUUCUAUGCAAGGUUUGCAAAGUUAGUCUCCAGACUUUUGUCAUUAGAAAGUAGCAUCACUAAUUACUAUAAUUAAGAAGCAAUGGUAAUAUUACACAUGCUACUGUAAAUGUUGCAUUCUAUUCUAUUCUUAAAUGAUGGAAUUUCUUACUAAUAUAAAGUAGGUCUUUUCUAAUGAACUCCAUUUCUGAAAAGCUGCAGCAUUUGAAUAAAUGAUUACAAUGAAACACCAUCUGAACUAAAAAUAAACAAAGCCAUCCUUAUAAACUUGACCCGAGUUUUUCUUCUGUUCAACUGGAUUGGCCGUUGCAGUAU